CCCCGAAUCAUGGAAGGCUACUAUUUCACUGAUAUAGAAACUUUAUGAAAAUGCAUAAUUUCAGCCACUCAUUAAGCAUUCCAUCACAUGUGGAAUGUAGUUUUGUGAAUGGUGUAAGAAUUUUCUGGAGCCAUUGAAGAAAGUGAGUGGGCUAGAAAUUCUAAGUGAAACAUCAGAGAUGUGCUCGUCACUGAAGUAUCAAUGCCUAUAACUUUUUUUUCUGACUUAGCUCUGUUGUUAUUUUUGGUUAGAAUCACCUUGUAUGGUUAUUGGAACUGGUUUUGUUUUCCAGUAGUAAAUAUGAGGUAAAAUAUGAGCAUUUGCACUAACUACAAGACUUACAUAUGUGUCAAUACUCAAUUGAAUGUAUAUACUUUAUGGCUGCAGCAUGUAUUGACUAGAACUACAUGCAUAUAUAUGCAUCUUUAUAUAAAGUUACUCUCUAGUGUUUUAUUUGCUUAUUUGAGAAUCUAAAUGUUCAUUGUAACAAAUGGAUGAAAAAAUCAAUGAGUAUCUCAUCUGAUUGACAGCACAACAGCAUGAGUCAGUGGAGUUAGUACUACCUCUUAAGAAGAAAAGUUUUUCCCUUGUUUAGCAGAGGAAGAAUAAACUAUCUCAUACUGUGAUGAAUCGAAGAAGUCAAAUGACCUAUUUACUGUCUUUCACAACUGCCACCAACAACCUAUAGACAGAUAUGGAGGUGAAGAGCCCUUAUUUAGGGACACCACCACGGGCCGUUCCCUCUCCUGCCCACUGGUAAAAGACACAUCUGGCCUGGCAUUACACGACACCGAGGAGACCAGAACGAUGGGCUGCCGGUGGCCUUUUUGGGGCACAAAGUCCCAUUUCACGGCAAUGCUGAGGCACCUGAUGGGCCCUGCUGGAGCCAGGCUGGCGGGAAGGCUGAGGCAGCGCCGCCCUCCCCGCUCCUCCGGACGGCCGCUUCCAACGCCUGCCCGGGGGGGCUCUCGGCAGCCAUGGCCGCCUCAGGAGGGAAGCAGGGUGGCUUCUGCCAGCGCCCGAGUCCCACCGGCAAGAAGAAAUGCAGCCCUGAAGAAAAUGUUUUUUUCUUCAGUAAAGUGACAUAUUCCUGGUUUAGCAGACUAAUAUCUAUAGGCUACAAGAAGCCAUUGGAGAGGGAUGACCUUUUUGAGCUGAAUGAAAGCGAUUCACCGUACAGUGUGUGUCCUAAAUUUGAAAAGCAAUGGAGGAAAGAAAUCCAGAAAUCUACCACAGGAUUAACGGCUUCUUACAUCAAAAGAGUGCUAUUUAAGAAAACAAGUUUCCAUAAACCAUCUUUGAUUUUGCCAUUAUGGCAAACAUUUAAAUUUGUAUUGAUAAAAGUUGCAUUUCUGAAAGUUACAGCUGACAUUCUGGCUUUCAUGAGUCCACAAAUAAUGAAAGCAAUGAUAAUGGUCAGUGAAAAUAAUCCUAGUUCAUACGGGAGUGGAUAUGGCUAUGCUGUUGCCCUGUUUUUUGUAGUUCUCUCACAAACUCUUCUCCAUCAGUUAUACCAGCGUAACAACAUGCUUACUGCAGUCAAAAUCAAGACUGCAGUUGUUGGCCUGAUAUACAAAAAGGCCUUAACUUUAGCAAAUUCCUCACGCCGAAACUAUACAACCGGGGAAAUUGUUAACCUGAUGUCAGCAGAUGCUCAGCAACUCAUGGAGCUAACUGUGAACAUCAACCUGUUGUGGUCAGCACCUUUUCAGAUCAUCAUGGCAGUUGUCUUUCUCUGGAAAGAACUUGGGCCCUCAGUUCUAGCAGGUGUUGCGGUGCUGCUUCUGGUUAUACCUAUAAACGCGCUAAUUGCAGCCAAAGUAAAAAGACUGAAGAAAAGCCAAAUGACGUAUUCAGAUCAACGAGUCAAGCUACUAAGUGAAAUGUUACAUGGAAUAAAGAUCCUCAAACUUUAUGCAUGGGAACCUGCAUAUCAAAGGAAGGUCACAAGCAUUAGAGAACAGGAAGUGGAUGUUUUGAAGUCAUCUGGGCAUCUGAUGACUUACUCCAUGCUAACGUUGACAUGUAUUCCUUUUAUGGUCUCAUUGGUUACAUUUGGAGUCUUCUUUCAUCUGGACAAAGAGAAUGUUUUAACAGCAACUAAAGCUUUUACAUCUAUUUCUUUAUUUAACAUUUUGCGACUGCCUUUGUUUGAUUUACCAUCUGUGAUCUCUGCUGUAGCCCAGACCAAAGUUUCUCUGAGCCGUUUAGAGGAUUUUCUGUGUGCUGAGGAUCUCGACCCUGAGGAUGUCAAUACAAGCUAUAGCGGAAAUCAUGCUGUUGGCUUUAUUGGUGCUUCUUUCCGCUGGGAAAAAAAUGGACUACCAGUCUUAAAAAAGACUGAGGGGGUUGAUUCCCAUAACGUGACAUUGAGUAUUCACAUCUCAGCCGUCGCAGCCUGCGGUAUAGUAUCCAGCUUGAGUGUCAGCAUUCCUGAAGGCUCUUUAGUUGCUGUUGUGGGACAGGUUGGAUCUGGAAAGUCAUCUUUUCUUUCUGCUAUUCUCGGAGAAAUGGAGAAACUUGAAGGAACAGUUCAGAGAAGAGGUUCAGUGGCAUACGUUUCUCAGCAGGCUUGGAUUCAAAAUGACAGUUUACAAGAAAAUAUUCUCUUUGGUGCAAAUCUAAAUAGGCCAUACUACGAACUUGUUUUAGAGUCUUGUGCUUUACUGCCAGAUUUGGAACAGUUACCGAAUGGAGACCAAACAGAGAUUGGAGAAAGGGGUGUCAAUAUAAGUGGAGGGCAGAAGCAGAGAGUGAGUCUUGCUAGAGCUGUGUACAGCAAUGCUGACUUGUAUCUUCUGGAUGACCCCCUGUCUGCUGUAGAUGUACAUGUUGGGAAACACCUUUUUGAGAAGCUAAUUGGGCCUUCAGGUCUCCUAAAAAGCAAGACUCGAAUAUUGGUGACCCAUACCCUAACGCUCCUGCCUCACACUGAUCUUAUAAUAGUAAUGGACGAGGGCAGAAUCAGUCAAAUGGGGACCUACCAAGAACUCAUUUCAAAGAGUGCUAAUUUUGCUGAGUUUAUUCAAGUCUUCAGUGCAGAGCACACAAGGGAAGACGCAACCCCAAUGGAAGUGAGUUCUUCAAAAGAAAAGGGCCAGCUGGGCAGGAGUCUGCAACAAAGAGAGCUGCUGAAGCAUAAAGAUUCUUCCUUUGAUCAAUCGAAAAUACUGACUAACAAAAAAGAAAAAGUUGCUACUGGUGGCAUGAAAAUGUCAGUUGUUUUGAAAUACCUCCAAGCCUUCAAGUGGCGAUGGAUGUGGCUAACCAUAGCUACUUAUCUAGGACAAAACGCACUAGCCAUUGGACAAAAUUUGUGGCUUAGCACCUGGACCACAGAAACAGCAAAAGUUCGUGAUUUCUCAGAAUGGAAACAAUCACAAAACUAUAAACUUCAUAUCUAUGGACUUCUGGGACUCAUACAAGGUCUUCUCGUUUGCUGUGGUGCUUAUGUGCUUACCAAGGGAUCCCUGUCUGCUUCUCGGGCAUUGCAUCAUCAGCUGUUAGACAACGUAUUGCACCUUCCUCUUCAGCAUUUUGAAACUAAUCCAGUUGGUCAGAUCAUCAAUAGAUUCACAAAGGACUUAUUUAUAGUGGACAUACGUUUCCAUUACUACUUACGAACUUGGCUAAAUUGUACACUAGAUGUUAUUGGAACCAUUCUAGUUAUUGCAUCUGCCUCACCACUGUUCAUAGUGGUAGUUGUUCCCCUGGGAUACUUUUAUUUUACUAUCCAACGAUACUACAUAGCGAGUUCACGACAAAUUCGACGGCUUGCAGGAGCAUCGCAUUCUCCUGUGAUCUCCCACUUCAGUGAGACUCUUGUAGGGCGAUCAACAAUUCGAGCAUUUGGCCACCAAGAGAGAUUCAUUAGAAAAAAUAAUGAUGUUGUGUAUGAGAACUUGGUUUACUUCUACAACAACGUCAUCUCAAACAGGUGGCUGUCUGUCAGGCUUGAAUUUCUGGGAAAUUUAAUGGUGUUCUUUGCUGCACUGUUUGUAGUACUGGCUGGAAAUACAGUGAGUUCUUCUACAGUGGGUUUAUCGAUAUCCUAUGCUCUAAAUAUAAUUCAGAGUCUAAAUUUUUGGGUGCGUAAAGCGUGUGAAAUCGAGACAAAUGCAGUUUCAAUUGAAAGAGUUUGUGAAUACGCAAAAAUGGAUAAAGAGAAACCAUGGAUAAUGUCAAAAAGACCACCAGUGGGGUGGCCUGAUAGAGGAAUAAUAGAGUUUGUUAACUACAAGGCUCAGUACAGGAAGGAUCUUGGUUUAGCCCUGAAUGAUGUCUCUUUUCAGACACAGAGUAAAGAGAAGGUUGGAAUUGUUGGAAGAACAGGAGCUGGUAAAUCAACACUCACAAAUUGCUUGUUUAGAGUUCUAGAGGGUUCUGAAGGCAAAAUAAUUAUUGAUGGAAUUGAUAUAUCAACUAUUGGACUCCAUGACCUACGUGGAAAUCUUAACAUUAUUCCACAGGACCCCAUCUUGUUUUCUGGGACACUGCAGUCAAAUUUGGAUCCACUUGGAAAACACACUGAUCUUGAACUGUGGGAAGUACUGGAACUGUGUGACUUAAAGGAUUUUGUCCAGUCACUCCCAAAGAAGCUCCUUCAUGAGAUUUCAGAAGGUGGUGAAAAUCUCAGUGUUGGGCAGAGACAGCUGGUCUGUCUGGCCCGUGUUUUGCUACGAAAGACAAAAAUCCUGGUCCUAGAUGAGGCAACAGCUUCUGUUGACAUGGAAACAGAUAACUUGGUGCAGUCCACCAUCAAAAAAGAGUUUUACAACUGCACAAUAUUAACUAUAGCCCACAGGUUACAUACAGUCAUGGAUUCAGAGAGAGUGCUUGUUCUGGACGCAGGAAGGAUUCUAGAAUAUGAUACACCACAUAAUUUGUUACAAGUAAAAGGUGCCUUUUCUGAAAUGGUUGCAGAGGCUGGGAUAAGGAGAUAAAGAAAACUAAUGAAUGAAUUCCUCAUGAAGACGAGAAUUCCUUACUCCAGUAAUCACUCAAGGGAUAUCUGGCAUUCCACAUAUACAUGGAAUAUUUUAUAUUCCAUAUAAAACAGCUAGCUGACUCAAAAGCUUCUCUCAGCAUUGCUGUUUACUAAACUACAAUCUGCAUAUAUUGAUCAGGUUUCUUAACAUAACUUUCUGAUUUUGUGCAAAUCACUUAAAAAUUUUCAUCAUAUUGGUACUGGAACAACACAAUGAAGCAGUAAUUUUCAUGGCAUAUUUUAACUGUUGCACUGGUAAAGACUGAUGGAAAAAAAAUCUUGCUGUUCACACACUGUUUUUAAUUAAAAAUUAGUACUUCAUUAAGUUGCUCUGGCAUUAUGCACAUUUUGUUAAUACUUUCUUAUUAUAAUUGCAAAAUUCAUAAAACAACAAAACUGCUUGUGGU